AUGGCAUCCAAACAAACAGAACGUGAGCAUCACCCAGCAGGUGAUCCUUAUUCUUCUCGUCGUCCUAUUCCUACUAUUCCAAGGUUCUUUCGUGAAAGAAAAGAACGUGCGGAAAAACGAGAAAAACAACAGGCUGAAAAGCAUCGAAAGGAAUCUAGUCAAGAAGAACUUUUUGACCCUAUCACUCAACGAAAUGUAGAAAUUUCGGAUAUUAACUAUAAUUACCAAAAGUCAUAUAAAGAUCCAAAUUACACGGUACCCAACCAGUCUAUUCAGGCUGGAUUAUCCGCUGGUGACGAGCCUUAUUUAAACUCAACUCAAUCACCAUCGACAUACAAACAACACCAGGAUGAUCUUGCACCGCCUGAGGCACAUGAUAAUAUAACUCGAGAUGUCCCUAUUAGCGAUGAAAAAACCAAUAUCCUCUUCUUUCCUACGCCAGCGGUGGAUCUAUCGUACAUCUCAAGAGAAAUCAAGCAGAAAACGAACCAGUACACACUAUUUUGUUUCCUUUUUACUCUACUCGUUACCUGGGUUGUUUCGCAUUCCAUCCUACUUUCUAUCAUCUUUCCCAUCGCCGCCUCUUGUUCCAUCUUUUUAUGGAUGGAUCAUGUUCACACGGUUGGACAGGCUGCCGAAUGGGGCUCUGAACAGAAACGUGGCGAGUAUGCCCUUCUCAAUCUCAUACCUGAAAGUGCCGAAUGGAUGAACCAUCUGUUGGAGAAAGUCUGGGAUCUCAUCAACCCAGAACUUUUCUCCUCCAUGAUCGAUCAAAUCGAAGACGUUAUGCAAGCUUCCAUUCCUUCUUUCAUCGAAAACGUUCGUAUCGCGUCUUUUCACCAAGGCUCUCAUCCAGUACGUGUUAUCUCUAUUCGCUCGUUACCCGCAGACGAAACCCGGAAAACAUUUAGAGAUCAAGAACCAUCCCAAAAUGAAAAUAAGGACGAGCCGCAACAGAAGGCAAAAAGAUUUUACAAUCUCGAAGUUUGUGCCGCCUAUCAUGCGAUGCCGGUCGAAUCUAAUACUACUACAGCCCAUGCUUCCAAUAUUCAUCUGCGCGUUGUUUUCUAUCCUGGUAUCAAAGGUACAAUUGGUAUUCCUCUUCCCAUCUGGGUUGAAAUGAAAGGCUUUGUAGCCAGAAUUCGUCUUCGUUGUGAGCUCAUGCCUGAAAUCCCGUUCUUGAAGAAUGUCACCUUUUCACUAAUGGGCCUUCCUCAGAUCAAUGUUGCCGCAGUUCCAGUUGCCGAAAAUGGUCUUAAUGUCUUAGGGCUUCCUUUAAUCUCCAAAUUUGUUAACGACUCAAUAGCAGCAGCUGCUAACGAGUAUGUCAGUCCCAAGAACAUGACAUUGGAUAUGUCAAAGAUCCUUUUAGGUGACGAUAUUAAAAAGGAAACGAAUGCCCUUGGUGUCCUUUAUAUUUAUAUCGAGAAGGCGGAGGGCCUAAGCAAACAAGAUGUCAAUGGACUUUCCGACGCUUAUAUCACUAUUGGUUAUUACAAAUUUGGUAAACCACUAUAUUGUACUCGAGUCAUAAAGCAAGAUUUAAAUCCCAUGUGGAAGGAACAUGCUGUAAUUCCCGUAUUUCCAGAACAUAUUAAAGCAGGCGAAAAAGUGUCAGUUGAGCUCUGGGAUAGUGAUCGCUUUAGUCCCGAUGAUGUUGUUGGUCGUACCAAACUAGACUUGCAUGUUUUAUUGCAGAACCCUGAAAAGAUGAUGGAUCGUUGUGAUACGCUUACUGGCAUUAGCGAGGAGACAUCUCUUCCCGGACACAUAUACUAUUCUAUCGGUUAUUUUUCAAAAGCAGAUUUUAGAGAAGAACUGAGAACUGGCGGGCAUGAUAUUUCCAUUCCGCGCUCUAUACGAGAAGAUCCUGAUUUCCAACGUCCUCAGGGAACUCUGAGUGAUAAAGAAGAAGAUGCUGUAGUUCACACUCCUCCAGAUUCAGAGUACCCAUGCGGCAUCUUGUCAUUCACUAUUCAUCAGGCCGUCAACUUGGAAAUUAGUCAUCCUAAGGGUACAUAUGGAAAGGUUAAAGGAACUUACAAUACUUCUCCACCUCAAGAAGUAGGGGAUGUGAAGUCAGAAGAGGGUGGUGAUUUACCUUCAUCAUAUGUCUGUGUCGAUAUGAACGAUGCGCUGACUUAUAAAACGAGAACAAAGGUUUAUUCUUCAAACCCUAUCUACAAUGCAGGAAGUGAGAAAUUUGUUAAAGACUGGAGAAAUGCGAUAAUUUGCUUUACCGUUCGAAACUUUCGACUUCGUGAACACGAUUCUAUUUUGGGUACUGUAAACAUCCCGCUUGCUAAAACAUUGACGAGCUUUUCCCAGCUCACAAAAUGGUACCCAAUUGAAGGAGGAAUUGGAUUUGGAAGCAUUCGUUUGUCUAUUCUAUUCAGGAGCGUAAAGCUUCAGAUUCCACGAAACUUAUCGGGAUGGGAUAUUGGGACCCUUGCAUUUAUUGACACAAAAUUGAUUGCUGAAGGUGUUGAUAGCGUCUCAAAGGUUAACUUCUCCUAUGUAAGGAUUAACGCUGGCAUGCGAAAAAGCAGUACAAAAUAUGUAACUUCGGAAUCUCCGGGACGAGUUUCUUGGAUGGUUCGCGGAUAUAAUUUGGCUAUACCUCUCAAACAUCGUUACGGCAGCGCUUUGGUUUUCGAAUUUCGCAAUCAUCUUCGCAGAAAAAACAAUGUUUAUGCUAUUCUAUGGCUUUCAGAUCUUGUGGACAACGAGGAGACAACUGUGCGUAUUCCCAUCUUUGUUAGUACCAAACCUGCGCAUAUCUUACAAAACACUGUCAACAUUGAGCAUCCAGACGAAUUUUCACAAUUAGAAAUUCUUGGCUAUCUGACAACUACUGUGAGUUUUCGACGUGGGUUGGGCAUUGCUCACGAAAAUCUCAUUAGUACUGAUGAUGAAGGUGCCAGUUUCGAGACGUUUAUGAGCUUGCGUUCUCAAGGAAAACGAAAAGGAUAUGUGAGGGACAUGAGCAAUCCGGUAUACGAUAGCUCAUCUAACCACGAGGAUGAGCAUCCUGUAUCAAAAUUAAGUACUAUGGAAACAGCAGAUGAAAAUACUGAAAACGAAACGGAAGAAAGUCCAAAUCAGUCAGCGCUGUCGUACUCAAAUCAAAUGAACGGAGAUGAACAGAAUGGUGUAGAACAGACCGUUACCCUUGAUGGAAUUAAUCAACAAAGUGCCAGUGGUCCCACCCGUGACCUGAACCAUGAAGAGCAGAUUUUUCAGCGUGAAUUCAUCUCACUUGGCCAAGCAGCAAAUGGCCAAACAGGUAACCAAAGUGGUAAUCAUAAGCCAUCCUCAAAUCAAACAAAUUAUCCUACACAUAAUAAUGGAACAAACGAGGGAAAGGACAACAGUGGCUCUCAAGUCAUUGACGACGAAGAUGCCGAGACGCUGGAUAGUGAAAUAUCAGGUGAUGAGCAGGAACGUAAGCAACUUCAUAGGGACGACAAUGAGCUGGAGCGUCGUAUGCAUCGUGGAAUCUAUAACUACAAGGCAGUACGUACCGGCAACUGGGUUAAAGAUGGUGCAAAAAUGAGGUUGAGAAGUCUGAAAAAGCGCUUUAGCUUAGAUGGACGUGAGCCAGAUGUGGAGACAGAAAUCGCAAGAUAA